AUGGAACGCGUGAUGCGGCGUCUUCUGCCUGUUGUGGUGAUGGUUGGCUUCCUGCUCUCCAGCUACGCCUACUACGUGGAGCAGCGCUUCGCCAGGGCGCAGGAGCUUGGCCUGACGUACCGCGCAUACUGCGACGCUGGCGUCUUCUCCUGCACGCGCGUCUUCGCCUCCGAGUACGGCGCGCUCACCCAGCUCCUCGGCCUCCCACGUGUGUCGAACGCGGCGCUGGGGAUGCUCUACUACCUCACAGAGCUCGUCGCCUGCAGACAGCCGGCGCUGCUUUUCAUGAUGAGCGCGGCGAGCUGCAUUGCGUCGGUGGGCCUCUUCUUUGUCUUGACAGUCAUCCUGCACGACCUCUGCGUGGUGUGCUGCUCCACCUACAUCGUGAACCUUAUCACUUGCUUCGGCGCUUGGCGGCUGUGGAAGCAAGCGAGGGCGGAAAAACAACCCGGGACGACGCGGGGUGUAAAACAACAAGAACAAAAAACGGAAUAA